AUUUCUUCUUGUGCACAUAUCUCGUCCAUCUUAAACUAUUCAUAAUGUUCAAGAUCCUCGCUCUCAUUGCCUGCCUGGCUAUCGUCGCCUCGGCCCAGUACCAUGGAGUGCCCGAGCACAAGGAUUACCACGAUCAUCCCAAGUACAAGUUCGAGUAUGGCGUAAAGGAUCCCCACACCGGUGACCACAAGACCCAGUGGGAAGUGCGCGAUGGCGAUGUCGUCAAGGGACAGUACACGCUGCACGAGGCCGACGGUACCGAGCGCGUGGUUGACUACAAGUCGGACGGUCACAACGGAUUCGAGGCUGAUGUCAAGAAGGUCGGACACGCCCACCACCCGAGCCAUCCGGUCCAUGCACCAGUCCAUCAUGCCCCAACUCACGCCCCAGUGCAUGUGCCGGAGCAUCAUGUCCACCACGGAUACUCGGGCGCCAGCUACGUCAACGUCGAUAAGCAGGCGAGUGCUGCAGAAAGGUAUCAGUUUCACAUUAGCCUUCACGUCGUCAACAUUCAAAGCAGCAAAUUAGCAGCAAAAAUGUUCAAAAUCAUCGCUCUCGUUGCCUGUCUGGCUGUGGUUGCUUCCGCCCAGUACUACGGAGGAGAACACGGUCUCAGCGGAUACGCUCAUCAUCACGAGGAGCCCAAGGACUACUACGCGUACCCGAAGUACAAGUUUGAGUACGGUGUGAAGGAUCCCCACACCGGCGACCACAAGAGCCAGUGGGAAGUGCGUGAUGGUGAUGUCGUCAAGGGACAGUACUCGCUGCACGAGGCCGACGGUACCGAGCGCGUCGUCGAGUACAAGUCGGACAAGCACAGCGGUUUCGAAGCCGUCGUGAAGAAGGUCGGCCAUGCCCAUCACCCGCAGGUGUACGGUGGACACCACUACUAGGAACCUUUGCUGCCGUGCUCCUUCGUUCUACGAAGGAGGUUUAGUCCAAAUGACCUGUCCGCUGCAUCUGGCCUACGUUAGAGCUGGAGCAUUUUUUCCUAACCCCGAAUGUGAUAUCUAAACUGAGCUCAACUCAAACCUCUACAAGCCUAAAGAAACACCCAGAAAUAUAGUACUGAAACU